AUGUUUGUUAGGUCACGUGCGACGCGUCAAGGCAGGCGCGCUGCAUCGUCCCUUCAGGUACAGUCGAGGCUAGCGCGACUUAAACUGAGCUCUCACCACUCCGACAUUCAACCUACACCACAACAUUGUGGCCGCACCAGCACCAUGGAGGAUACAGCUAUGCCGGACUCGUCGCCGCCUCUCUUCCAUGAGCUCAAGUUCAGUAUCAUUCCAACAUCACUUGAACAGGACUACGUCCAAGAGCUAACACAGAACAUUGAAAGUCGCGGCGGCAAUGUUAUUCCAUUCGACGCGUCCAAAGGUCGCAUGAACCACCUCGCUGAAGUUACCUACAUCAUCUCCACGACUACCGACUUUCCCGACUACUACGACGCUCUCGAACUCUUGAUAAAUGUUGUGAAACCCAAGUUCAUCGACGACUGUCUCGCAGCGAACAAAGUCAAGAACCCUAGAUCGUACAGUCCAGAUACCGCGCUCUUUAUGAGCGAUGUGGUUGUGUGUGUCGCAGAUUUACCAGAGGGUGACCAGGACGCCAUCGUUGGGGGUGUUCUAGCUAUGGGUGGGCAACACGCCCAAGGACUGUCAAAGGCAGUGACGCACCUCUUUGCGCUCAGCAUGGACGAUCAGAGGUGUAGGCUUGCAGUGGACAAAAGACUGGCUCUCAAGAUUGUACUUCCCCACUGGUUCGACGACUGUCUGAAAGUUGGUCGGAGACUCAAUGAGCGCCCGUAUACCCUACCCGAUCCUGAGAUCCUGAACAUAAACGCGGGCACCAUACGUGCGCCAACCUUGAAUGCGAACAUCGUAGACGCGAUCAAUCCGGAACCUACGAAUGACCCCGCUACCCCGUUUGCCCACCUAGAGGACCCUCGCGCGAUCAAAGCCUUCUCCAAUAAGCAGGUCAAAAUUGGAGAGGACCUCAACAUCAACGACAGGCUCAGAGGAAUCAUAACCGAUGUAAUCGAAGCUGGGGGUGGUUUGAUGACUGAGGACAUAGAUGAGGCAGAUAUUUACAUCUGCAAUUAUCGAGACGGUGAAGAUUACAUCAAGGCAUCACAGAAGAAGAUAGAUGUGGGCAACCUGAGCUGGCUGUACUAUCUCAUCACACACAAUCAGUGGACAAACCCCAUGCGUCGCAUGUUGCACUACCCGCGCCCACGACAUGGCAUCCCCGGGUUUGAAAACUUCAGGAUCAGUAUUUCCAGUUACACCGGCGAAGCGCGCGUGUUCAUCGAGAAUCUCAUCAAGGCAUCCGGCGCAGAAUUCACCAAGACUUUCAGACAGGACAACACCCACCUGGUUGCUGCGCACAAAAACAGCGAGAAGUGUGACGCAGCCGCCGAUUGGGGUGUAAAUGUUGUCAAUCAUCUAUGGAUAGAGGAGUCAUAUGCUCGCUGUAAGAUGCUGCCGUUGACAGACACGAGGUAUACACAUUUCCCUCCACGUACAAACAUGGGAGAGGUGCUUGGUUCCACGGAGAUUGAUCGAGAUGCUGUGGAGCGCAUGUUCUUUCCAAAGAAUCGCAAACCACAAAUAACCAAACGCGAUUUGCAAACCGAGGACCAGCCAGAAGAUACUCCAGAGGGUGUGCCUGCAUCAAGUGCUAUUACAAAACCCGGCAGGCGCACAAAGUCCGGGGGGGCUGUCGCGACACCAGUGGCCAAUCGUCAUUCCCUGGGCAAAGAGAAUGAAACACCAGGCACAAGUGGCAGCCGUGGCGCCAAAGAUCGAGCUCUUUCAAAACUCCAUGAGUCUGCGCCAGACAUUGCGAAGUUCGAGAAGGAGAUGAAACGAAAGGGCGGCGUCAUACAUGGGGGGCGACGACCGAAAGAGGUGAACCACGACCGAAAAGAUCGUGAUUCUGGAGCAAGCAAACGUUCAAUUGACGAAGUGGAAGAUGCUGGUGAUGGAACUACUACAGAAGAAGACGAGGCUACAGGACCAGCGCAGAAAGGCAAAAAAGCCCGGAAAGAGAGAUUGGGACCGAUUGACUACCGCAUGACGGUGACCAAAGACCCCCGAUGGAUGGAACAUCCAGAAAAACAAUCGAAAGACAUGGCCCGCAUGCGCGAGCUGGGCGUGUUUAUUGGCGACAGUCACAAGAAUUGCAAUCUGCUUGUUGCACCGAGGGUGGUACGCACGGUGAAAUUCGUGGCCGCUAUGGCGUCUGGACCUACACUUCUAUCGCCAGAAUAUCUCGAUCACGCACUCAAGCACGGUAAACUCCCGCCAUUAGACAAGUAUCCAAUGGAUACGUCUGAGUACGAGAAGGAAAACAACAUCAACAUGGCAGAUGCCAUCGCUCGCGCCAAGCAGAACAAGCACCGCCUUCUGAAAGAUUGGACCAUAUUCUGCACUAAGAAUGUUAGCGGCGGAUAUGACACUUUUCAGACCAUUAUUGCUGCCAAUGGCGGUACCUGCCAGGCCUGGACGGGUCGAACCACCAAACCUACAGCGACGAGGCGGAAGAUUGAGGCUCUGCCCGAUGAGGUCUCGCAGAACCUGCUCGAAGAUGAAGGCGAUGUACUAUACCUGAUCUCCGAGAACAAAAGGAGCGAAGUUGGUCUGUGGGAGAAGUUUCGUAAGCUGGCGGAAGAACAUGAAAUGACCCCCCGCAUUGUCACCACAGAGUGGCUGCUUAGCACGGCUAUUGCACAGAAGAUGAUGUGGAAGAAGGAAUACGAGCUCACGGAGGAGAACGUGAAAUAG